CGCCCCACUUUGUUAUCCUACCCUUUUCUGGGUCAGCUGGUGCUGGCGUCAGGCGGAGGGAUGGGCUGGCUCGGAUCGACCCGGCAGGGCUUGUUUACUAUGGCUGAUGAUCUGGAGCAGCAGCCUCAAGGCUGGCUGAGUAGCUGGCUGCCCACUUGGCGCCCUACUUCGAUGUCUCAGCUGAAGAAUGUGGAAGCCAGGAUCCUCCAAUGUCUCCAGAACAAGUUCCUGGCCCGAUAUGUGUCUCUCCCAAACCAGAACAAGAUCUGGACAGUGACCGUGAGCCCCGAGCUCAGAGACCGCACCCCCUUGGUGAUGGUGCAUGGCUUCGGGGGUGGCGUGGGCCUCUGGAUUCUCAACAUGGAUUCACUGAGUGCCCACCGCACACUGCACACCUUCGACCUGCUUGGCUUCGGGCGAAGCUCAAGGCCAACAUUCUCAAGGGACCCAGAGGGGGCCGAGGACGAGUUUGUGACUUCCAUAGAGACAUGGCGGGAGACCAUGGGGAUCCCCAGUAUGAUCCUCCUUGGGCACAGUUUGGGAGGAUUCCUGGCCACUUCUUACUCUAUCAAGUACCCUGAAAGAGUUAAACACCUUAUCCUGGUGGACCCGUGGGGCUUUCCCCUCCGACCGACGGACCCCAGCGAGAUCCGUGCACCCCCAACCUGGUUCAAGGCUGUGGCCUCUGUCCUCGGGCUUUCUAAUCCACUGGCUGUUCUUCGAGUAGCUGGGCCCUGGGGGCCUGGCCUGGUGCAACGAUUCCGACCAGACUUCAAGCGCAAAUUUGCAGACUUCUUUGAAGAUGAUACUAUAUCGGAGUACAUCUACCACUGCAAUGCACAGAAUCCCAGUGGUGAGACAGCCUUCAAAGCCAUGAUGGAGUCCUUCGGCUGGGCCCGGCGCCCCAUGUUAGAGCGAAUUCACUUGAUUAGAAAAGACGUGCCCAUCACCAUGAUCUAUGGGGCCAACACCUGGAUAGAUACCAGCACGGGAGAAAAGGUGAAGCUGCAGAGGCCAGAUUCCUAUGUCCGAGACAUGGAGAUCGAGGGUGCUUCACACCACGUCUAUGCAGAUCAGCCACACAUCUUCAAUGCUAUGGUGGAAGAGAUCUGUGACUCGGUUGAUUGAGCUACUCUCCUUAGAGGAAGAGGAGAAAGCCGGAGAGUCGCUCUCACCUCCCUGUCUGCUUACUCACCCUUCUGUCCUUUCCUCACCAACUAACGUGCCAGCCAGGCAGAGUCUUGGGCUAUCCUCACAGCAGGAACACAGUAAAGAGCACUCCUGACCCCAUACAAAAGGCUGGAGGCAGAAGCCACAAGAGGCCUUGAGCUCCCCACCUCGAGGAAGAACAUAAAGGGUUGCUUAGUGACACCCCAUUCUCUCCACGCCAAGUGUUACCCAGAUAGUGGUUAUAGAGGGCCUGUACCGAGCCACACUGCACCGAGCAAAAGGGAGGGGGACCUCUCUUCCCCUGGACAAAGGAGAGGCUCCCACAACCUUUCCCAGCUCUGGAAUGUCUGUGGUGGAAGUUUCCACACAAGAGCAUUGUCCUAUUUCAUCAGCCCCUGGCCCCCGUCCCAUGCCAAUAUUCAGGGUCUGGUUGGGACCAGUUCCCACUUAACUACCAAGAGCAGGUCCUGGAGUUUCCAUGUUCUGCAGAGCCCCUCCCAUGACCAGAGUUGUCAUAUCCAAAGCCCUCAUUAACGGAUCAGGAACAGGCCAAAGCAGGACAUAGCUGGCCCAUGGUCAUACAGCUCUUUUCCAAGAGAGCUCAGAUUAGAACCCAGGUCUGCUGACACCCAGUGCUCAUUGCAGACUCCAUUUGCUAAGGUUCGAGACAGGCACCAUUGCUAUGGGGUAACGAGCCAAGGAUAAGCCCAUCUCUGCCCCACAUUCCAGCCCCUUUGCGCAGGGGUGCUGCUGUCCUGCCCUGUGUCUCUGCCCUGGCUGCCUAAGCUGGGUACGUUCAAGUGCUUCCUUCUACGCCCCCUCUUAUUCCCAACAGGGAAGCCCCUGGGCCUCCCUCUGUGCCUUGGGCCCUGAAGCCCCACCUCUAGUAUAGAGCAAAGAUGGCCCCUACUGGAGAGAGCAGGGAAAGGCCCUUCCACCCAGGGCCGUGUCUGGAUUCUUGUGCCCGGCAAGGUUUUUAUACCUGCCCCCAGAGCUGAGGCCCUCUGGAGCCCCUGCUCAUGGUCCAGUUUUCUGUUUUCAUCAGCCACAGGACGGUUCUCACUGCCUGGCCCUCCAUCCCUGCCAUCUGUCACCCUUUCCCAGGGUCUGCUUCCAGGCGCUGCUGUGAAGUUCUGGGCAGUAGGCUGGGCCUGGCCCCAGAACCAGGGCAGUGCCUACCUGCUCCUUCACUUUUGUAAAGCCACCUUUCACCAGAAUAAUAUUAACUCCUGGUGCUUUGUACUACUGGUCCAGCUACCUUGGGCUCCUUUUCUACAUUAAUAAAGAAAUGAGUAAAAGCUG